CAAUAUAGCAAUAAUGAAGAAAGGUCACCGUGAUCAUGGGUCAUAGUAUGGUCAAAGUUGCUUCCUUUUUGUGUUUUAUUUUUGGCAAGCAUGCAAACCGGAUAAUCGGCCCAGGCAUGCAACUUUUGAAGGAAGCCGAAAAGCAAAACUGACACGUGUCAGUCACAUUCCUAUGCAUUUGGCCGUAAUAUUUGAAACGACGUGACCCUCUGAUUAAAUGAAUUUACAGCAAAUGGCCGGUGGCUAAUUCCUUCUCCUCUAUCCACGCUUUUCAAGAAUACUGCGAGAGAGAGACACACACAGAGAGAUAGAGAGGGAGAUUCUUGUUUGGUUACUGAAUUGGCUCGAUUCUGAAUAUUUUUGUAGUUUUUUAGAGUCGAAAAGCUUGAAGAGAGAAGCGAGAGACGUGGGUCCUGCCCCUUAUCGUGGUGCACUUCAGUCAACGUAGUCUUGUAUAUAUAUUUUAAUAUGUUUAAGAAUUUUGGGGGAACUGUGUCAUAUCAACAAUGGCAGGAUACAUUUGAUCUGUUGAAGGAGAAAUAAUAUAGGGUCAUUCUCAAAGAAGCAAGGGCUUCAUGAAUUCAAACAACUGGCUUUCUUUUCCCCUUUCUCCCACUCAUUCUUCUUUGCCAAACCAUUUACAUGCCCCUCACCCUCAACAGUUUUCUCUAGGGUUAGUCACGGAAAACUUGGACAACCCAUUCCAAACCCAAGAGUGGAGUCUCAUCAACACCCAAGGCGGCAGUGAAGUUCCAAAAGUUGCAGACUUUCUUGGUGUGACCAAAUCCGAGAAUCAAUCAGAUCUUGUGGCCUUCAAUGAAAUUCAGGCUAAUGUUUCUGACUACAUGUUUCCUGGCAAUAGCUUGGUGCCGGUGCAAAACACUGUACUAGCCGCCUCUGGCAACUAUGAGUUUCCGGAAAAUGCCAAUAAUUUACAGUCAUUAACAUUGUCUAUGGGUGGUGCUAGUGGCAAGGUUUCUUCUACCUGUGAAACCAGCGGCGAUACUAGUACUAACACCGUUGAGGCCGCCACCCCAAGGAGGACCUUAGAUACAUUUGGACAGAGAACUUCCAUCUUUCGUGGUGUAACAAGACAUCGGUGGACAGGAAGGUAUGAAGCUCAUCUGUGGGACAAUAGCUGUAGAAGGGAAGGCCAGUCUAGGAAAGGACGACAAGGGGGUUAUGACAAAGAAGAAAAAGCUGCAAGGGCUUACGAUCUGGCAGCUCUUAAGUAUUGGGGAACAUCUACCACCACCAAUUUCCCAAUCAGCAACUAUGAGAAGGAAUUAGAGGAGAUGAAGCAUAUGACCAGACAAGAGUUUGUGGCAUCCAUUAGAAGGAAAAGUAGUGGCUUCUCUAGGGGUGCAUCCAUGUAUCGAGGAGUUACAAGGCAUCAUCAACAUGGAAGAUGGCAAGCGAGGAUUGGUAGAGUUGCAGGAAACAAGGAUCUUUACCUUGGAACUUUUAGUACUGAGGAGGAGGCUGCAGAAGCUUAUGAUAUAGCCGCAAUAAAGUUCAGAGGGUUGAAUGCAGUGACCAACUUCGACAUGAAUCGAUAUGAUGUUAAGAGCAUUCUUGAAAGCAAUACUUUACCGAUUGGGGGAGGAGCGGCCAAGAGGUUGAAGGAGGCUCAAGCAAUUGAAUCAUCAAGAAAAAGAGAGGAAAUGAUCGCUCUAGGCUCAGGUUUUCAAUAUGGAAGCUCAAGCUCAAGCAGGCUACAAGCUUACUCUUUAACGCAAGCACCUUUUGAGCAGCCCCAACCAUUACUAACCCUUCAAAACCAAGACAUUUCCCAGUACGCCCAAGAUGCUUCGUUUCACCAAAAUUUCCUUCAGACACAGCUUCACUUGCACCAGCAAUCAGCUGGGACUAAUUACUUGCAACAAUCAAGCCAAAACCCUCAGUUUUACAACAGCUAUAUACAAAACAAUCCAGCUUUGCUUCAUGGGCUAUUCAACAUGGGCUCUUCAUCAUCUAUUAUGGAGAACAAUGGAAGUUCUAGUGGGAGUUAUAGCGGUGGAUAUCUGGGAAAUGGACUGGGUAUUGCUUCAAAUUCUUCAGGGUCUAAUGUAGUGGGAUCUGCUGAGGAAGUCGCUUUUGUUAAGGUGGAUUAUGAUAUGCCUUCAGCUAGCUACGGCAGCUGGUCUGGAGACUCAGUUCAGGGGUCAAAUCCAGGGCUUUUCACAAUGUGGAAUGAUUAAUUGAAAAAUUAGCUAAUUAAUAUCGAAAAGGGGCAAUAUUUAAUACGUUUUUUAAUGUUUAGAUUGGGUAACAGGAGAUGAUGAUUUUAAACUGAAAACCCUAAAGAGGUAGGCCUUCUUUGAUAAGGUGAAGAAGGCCAAUUUUUAAUUUUGUUAUUUAUUGUUGGUGAGGGAUAAGCUUAGGGUUUUUAAUAUGUGGGUGCAAAUACGACCCAAAUUUUGUAUGCAGAAAUAUUCAUCUUCUUUAAGUGUUAACAUGUAAGAGAUUUCUCUUUUUUAA